AAGGACCUAAGACAGGCGACGGCCGGACGGGCGUUUUAUUGAUUCUGGGGCGCCGCGGCGCUACCCACCCGCGGCGGGGUAGAGCCUGCUGGCGAGAGGAAGCUCUUCUCCCCGACGAGGACGAUUUUCUCCAUCGUCUCUUCAUCCUUUUGCACGUCCGAGACCGGCGGCCGAUUUUCCCCCGACGUCCUUUCCACCCCACGCGAUCGCGUCUCUCGAAAUCUCUUCCCCUUUUCUCGCGUUGCAACUCGAAGCCGGUCGGUGGGUGUGUGCAAGGGCACCGUCGUCGUCGUCGUCGUCGGUAUCAGUCAGCUUCUUGGUAGCGGUCAGGAAACUGGCACGAUCGAUCGUCGUGGAACAACCGCGAAAGUGAAGAGGGCGAAUAACCUAAAGGCUACCGGGAAAGUUUCUCGCGAAAUAUUCGCGCCGGUUGUUGCCGCAACGUGACAGAAACUCUGAGGGACUCGCAAUAAUAUUUAUACGCGAAGGAUCUACAAAAUAUUUACAUAAGGACGGCGAGGAUAAAGUGAUAAUAUUGGAAAAUCCUUCUCGUCAUUGCUAAAGAACCGGUUUCGCGAAGGGAUCUGAAAGCGAUUACGAAAGGAAAAUCAUAUGUUUUACACUAUCGUUGAAGUCAGUGCAAGCAGGUUACCGAGAUAUCGACGAAGUCGAAUUAAAUCGAAGUUGCCCCAGAUACCUCCUCUAGACGUCGCUGUGGAAAAUAACGAAAAGAUAUCACCGGCAUUCGGAAGCAUUUCAAAUUCUCACGAUGAUAACGAGAAAAUAGAGAAACGAGGAUCACUUUAAAUACUGCUGCGGCUAAAUUUUAAGUUUAAACUCCAAAGUUUGUAAGUGGAUAACUAAUAAUCUGUGUGGAAGUAAUUUUUCGAAGAAGGUGCGGAAAGAGAUAGUUUACGAUACCGCACGAUCGAUUAUUUUCACAUUCUUAAUCAUCGAAUUAAAAGUGCGAUCGCGAGAGAAGUGCCGAGAAAAUUAAUCUAACCCAUAAGGUGAGGUAAAGUUAAUAAGCGCAUCAAAUAAAAGACAAAAAUAAGAUACAAAAACGUGGAGCUCGAAAACAGAUACAAGGGAGAAAAUCGAGAAUUCGAUCGCUUUUGGGGGACAAAUGGACGUAGACGUGACCGAGGAAGCCGACUUCCACAGAAUCUCUAUCAGAAUUUUGAUUCCGAUGGAAGCGUCAUAAGUCGCCGUUGGGGUUGCGCUGAUUCGCGUCGAUUAUCCGAGGAAUCGGUCGAUCGGUUAGGCGCUGUCGACGCCUCGAUUUCGACCAAGAAGCGUCCAGAAGGAAAGCCAGGCCCGUCUGUCGUCUGGGAGGUGCUGCGGUGCUGAAAUGGGCCCUGCCAGCAGCCGCGAGCAGAUUGGCGAGCAAAUUGGCGAGGACGAUGGCCUGCACAUCCACCCGAAGCCGAUGAUAGUUGCGAAUAAUAUCACGGAGAGCGAAUAUUCUGUAGAAGAACAAUCGAGAUUAACGGGAGCCGAUGGACCGGGUGGCGAUGAAGCUUCACCGGAAGAUGAGGGAGGUUCGCUCUGCGAAUACCAUGAUAUACCACCCCCACCUGAUGGUGGUUAUGGUUGGGUGGUGGUAUUUGCAUCGUUUAUGUGUAACAUGAUAGUGGAUGGUAUCGCCUACACGUUCGGCGUCUUUCUAGGAGAGUUUGUUAAAUAUUUUUCCGAAGGAAAAGGAAAAACCGCUUGGGUCGGCUCGUUGCUAUCUGGAAUGUACCUUAGCGCUGGCCCUGUCGUCAGUGCUUUAACGAAUAAGUAUGGUUGUAGAGCAGUAUGUAUGGCAGGAAGUUUCUUAGGCGCCGCCGCAUUUGUACUUUCAACAUUUUCAAGCAGUGUAAAUAUGCUUAUGAUGACUUACGGAAUUAUGGGAGGAAUUGGAUUUGGUUUGAUAUAUCUACCCGCAGUAGUUUGCGUAGGCUAUUAUUUUGAAACCAAGAGAUCUUUAGCUACUGGUAUCGCUGUAUGCGGGUCAGGAUUCGGCACAUUUGCGUUCGCACCUCUCGCAACUAUGUUACUGGAAGCAUACAGCUGGAAGGGAGCAAAUUUAAUCCUGGCUGGCCUCAUCUUAAAUUGUGCAGUAUUUGGUGCCAUGAUGAGACCUUUGGAAUAUCCGAAAGCUUCUUCCGUUAAACCAUUGUUACAAAGAAUGGCCGAGGAGAAAAGAUUUCAGAUGGAACGUGGUAGUAUCGGUGGCUCUUAUUUUAUGGUACAAUUGCCAGACGGAUCUAUGGAAAAGAGAAUGAAAAUGCCCAUCAAUAUUGAUCCUGGUGUUCAUUCCAGCUUCAAUUUAGACCAAUUAGUGCCUGGAACUCCUUUAACACCAGUUCCAACGGUGCCAACCCUUCCGACUAUAUCCGAAGUGAAGGUGCAAGAGCACUCUUCUAGUGGACAUACUAGUGAUAGUGGCAGUAUGGAUUUAAAGAAUAUUUCGAAUAAAUCUAAAAACAAGAAUAUCGACGAAACCAAAGAUGCCAAGGACGCGGAGAAGCCCGAGAAUGAAUUUAAUAAGACGAUAAUCCCCAGAAACGCAUCGCAGCCAGCUUUCACGACCCAUGUUCAAGGUUUGCCUAAAAACGGCUCUGUGCCAUUCUUCGAUAGAAUUCGUAAAACGAGUACCAGCGAGCGCUACAAGCCUAGCCUUAGUGCAAUAAAAAACUCUAGGACAACGCUUAAUUCUAAUGGAGAUAUCAGAAAGAGCUUGCAUCUGAGACUUUCCACAAGCAGUAUGCUGGGAUCGCGAAAUAAUAACGCUGAAGUUGAUGAUGGUGAGAGUAUUACUUUUACUACCAGUAAAACUAGUAUCCCAAAGGAAAAACCAAUGAUGGUCCGUCCCUUGUCGAGAAAAGAUAUUUUCUACAGCGGUAGCGUAGUCAAUUUACCAGAAUACCAAAGCCAGAAAUCUCUCGCCAAUUAUCGUCAAAGUGUUAUAUCUAUUCCUAAAUCUGUACGUGGUGACAUGAAGGACAUUGAUAUUGAGAAAGACCAACAACCUUUAUGUCCUUGCUUGGUAUUACCUGACUCGUUUAAGGAAGCUCUAGCAACGAUGAUGGAUAUGUCCUUAUUGAAGGAUCCUGUUUUUCUUCUAAUUGGUAUUAGCAAUGUGUUUGGUAUGGCUGGAUUAUAUGUUCCUUUUGUAUAUCUGGUGGAUGCUGCGGUCUUAGAUGGAAUUGAAAGCAAUUCUGCAUCGUUCUUAUUAUCCAUCAUUGGAAUAACGAACACUAUAGGUCGUGUAGCUUGUGGAUAUGUCGCCGACUUUCCGCAAGUCGAUUCCUUACUGUUAAACAAUAUUUGCUUAAUUAUAUCUACAAUCGCAGUAGCUGCAACACCAUUUUGCCAUAGUUACGCUGCUUAUAUUAUCAUGAGCAUAUUUUUCGGAAUAGCAAUAUCUGGGUAUAUCUCGUUAACAUCAAUCAUUUUGGUGGAUCUCUUGGGAUUAGAUAAAUUAACGAACGCUUUCGGCCUUUUAAUUCUGUUCAGAGGGGCUGCAGCUAUAGUUGGGUCACCUUUAGCAGGCGCUGUUUACGACGCAACGCAAAGCUAUAGCAUCCCAUUUUUCAUGGCAGGGUUUUUCUUCCUUGUAAGCACUGUUACUAGUUUCAUGGCCCCUGCUAUGAAACGGUGCACUACACCGCAGACUCUACCUGUGAUAUUAGAUACAUUGACGCCAAUUGACGAAGAUAUUGAGGAAGAGAACGAGGAGGACUUACCGGAAAUAAUAGAAACUGCGCCGUCACCCUUAGAACCACCUGAAAAAGAAAUCAAGCAAAUAGAGUCUGUUUUAUAAACACUUCUGAUCAUUUUUAAAUCGAUAAAAAUCGCCUUCACUCCGAGCCACACUGUGAUAGGGCUGCUACUUUAAAGUCUCAAAAAUGUACUUCUUUGUUACACAUUUAAUCGAUAAAGCACAAAUUAGUGGCAUACCUGAUGGAAUUUUUAUCGUAGUUACGUACUUAGAUUUGUAUGUUUUCUUGUUUUUUUCUGUUUUUUUUUUUUUUAUUGAAAAUCGAUAAACAUUAUAUUACAUGAAAUCCCAUCAGGUAUAGAUACUUAAUUGCCUACAUGUAAUAGUGAAAAAAAUGAUAGAGCGUUUUAUUAACCUAAUCAGUAUCGAUUCAGCAGUAUAUAUGUAUAAAUAUAUAUAUAUAGAAAGAGAGAGAGAGAGAGAGAGAAAUAAAUUUAAAAAGAUGCUCUUAUACCGUGCAUAUCGAAUAAUCUUGAAUAAAUUAUUAAUCUGCAUCAUAGGAAUAUAAUAUUAAAUAAUUUGAAAAUUACAUAAUACACAUAACUAUAUAUAUAUAUAUAUAUACAAGGAUCGGUCAAUGCGUCGUUAAUCAGACUCGCUCAUUUUAACCAUGAGGCUUAAUAAUGUAUAAAUAAAGGAAAUCUAUGUAUUUUAUAUUUAUUAAUUGUAAUGUACAUAUUUUUAUUUUGAAAGUAACUCUUGUAUAAAACACCGAUGAUGUGUUUUAGUCUAAUCAAUGUACGAUUGACCAUCCUUCAUCGAAAAGAUCCCACCUAUGAUCUGUCGUGUUAGUUAAAUCUAUUUUUGGCCACAUCCAAAGAUGUAACUUGAAUUACUGACAAUUCAAAGAGAUAUUUUCUUGCAUAUUUGUGACAAAAUACAUGUAUGUAUGUAUAUGUGUGUGCGUGCGCGUAUGUACGUGCAUGUGUGCGUGUUUUUUGCAUGUGUUUUGUGUGUACAUAUGCAUACAUACAUUUAUAUGUAUACACGAAAGAAGGAAUGUGAAUUAUUAUUUACAUGCAACAAAUAUAUCGUUGUGUUGCACAGUAUAAAAUGUAAAUAAUUUAUAGAGAAUUAUAAAAUGAUAAUAACGAACUCUAGAAUUAAGUCAAGUGAAGUUUUUCGCUCGCUGAAAAGUUUCGCAAUUAAUAUAUUUGUUAAAGGACAAUUAACGCAUUGUUAGGUAGACUAAAUAAUAUAUUAAUUAUCCGAAACAUAGAAUUCUUAUUUGAUCAAUGUAUAAAAAUACGUCUCGCCUGUUACAACUAGUUUAUAUAUAUAUAGAUUUAAUCGUUUAGUGAAUGAAAUUGACUGUGUCGUGUAAGAUAGCACUUACCAAGCACAUUAAAUAAUGCAAAACUAAUAAGAACUGACGUGUUCCACGCGAUAUGCCAAGCGAGUGUAAGCGUUUCUUGUGCGAAUUAUAUGUAAUUAAUUUUCUUACGGCGACGAAAAUCAUUAUUGAACAUGAUUUGCGUAUGUACGCCUACAAAUGUACACACAAUAAACACAUAUAUGUGCGUAUAUAACACAUUAUUAGUAUGCGAUGCUAUGCAUACUUAUACAUAGAUCGAGGAGAUCGUUGGGAAUCUUGUUGAAUGGCAAGAAUACGCAUUACAUAUAUUUGUAUAUAUAUAUGAUUUUGUAAUAAUUAAAUGUGUUUAUCGUUACACGCGCGAUUGUGGGUAAAGAAGAAAGAAAAAAAGCUAAAGAAAAGAAGAAGAAUUUUGCUAUAAUGAAAACCAACAGUGCUAUUAUAACUAUUCGCCACUGCUGCUGCUAUCGCUAUUACACUCUUUAUCAUAUACAAUUAAAAUAUUACCGUAGUACAAUUAUACAAACGCACGUUAUUUACGUUUCCGUUUCACGAUCAUGUUGUGUAAAGCAAGAAAAGUAAGAGGAAAAGAAAUUAUGUUUUGUGAUUACAAUCAAACGCGAUUAUAGAACAGGAUGCAUGUCUGCAUCUACAAAAAUGCGUGUAUACACGCGUGCACGUGCGUAUCGUGAAACAAAAAUCUCCCGCAGAGAGUUACAUUAUUAGAUGAUAUAAAUAUCGAUGUACAUGCGAGCGUGUUCGCGUGACAGUUCACACGUGUAUGUUCAAUAUGUAUGUACGUGCGAGACGUAUGAGGCGGAACGCACUUUACGUGCGUUACAUGUACAGUGACAUGUGUGCGACGUGCACGCAAUGUGCACACUCACACGUAGAGAGAUAUUGUGGCGACGCGCGCAACGAGCAGAAUAUAUAUAUAUAUUAUUAUUGAAAAGAAAAAUCGAGAUAUAUUUGUUAUUAAAUAUUAUUAAAUAUAAUAAUAUUAAAUAUUCACA